CGAACCAGCGUCUCUCAGUUUCUUCUUUCUCGUCUUCGUAGCUGCGACGACGGAGUUUUUUUCUUACUAGCGAAGAGAGAGAGAGAGUCGCCGUUCACCGAUCCUUUCUCCGAUCUUCUUCUCCUUCCAGGUUUUUGCAAACUUGGUAGAGUAUGGGUGACUUUUCGAUUCAGAUCAGUUCAAAGCUGAUCAGUCAGCUAGCUGAAGGCAACGAUCAACCAAAGAGGAAGGCGAAGAAAACCAAACCCAAAGUGUCACCACAGAGGAAGGUGGAACAAGAAGCGAAAACACACCACCACGAUGCAGAGAAGCCGAAUCCAAUGUCAGAGUUACCAAUGCAGCCACCGUUUUUCUUCCCAAUACCGCAACAAGCAGCAGCAAGCGCGGAGUUGAAGUUGAUAAAGUCUGUUUCGAAAGAGAGUGAGAAGAUUCUUGAGAAGCUGGAGAAAGUAGAGAAGAACCUUGUUCAUGAAGUGACAGAGAAAGCCAAGGAGUUGAGGGAGAAAGAGUUCAAGGUCCCUGAACCGAAACCAAUGCCUUGUUCUGAAGAUCACGAAGCGUGGAUGAAAUGCUACAAAGAGAACAUUGAUAACCCGCUGAAAUGUAGCAGUUUGGUUAUGAGUUACCAGGAGUGUGCCCGGUGCAGACAGCAAGUUAAUCCUGAAGAAAAGUAUAGAUAA